CAUGACCAACCAUCGUGGUUCACCGGCGCUGGGCACAAUGCAGAAUAACUUGAAGGAACAUUUGUACAAAAUACUCGUUAUUGGUGACCUGGGAGUAGGGAAGACGAGUAUCAUAAAGAGAUAUGUUCAUCAAACGUACUCUACCAACUACAGAGCAACAAUUGGGGUGGAUUUUGCACUAAAAGUUCUCAAUUGGGAUUCGGAGACGGUACGAUUGCAGCUAUGGGAUAUAGCAGGCCAAGAGCGUUUCGGGAACAUGACGCGGGUGUACUACAGAGAGGCCAUGGGUGCCUUCAUCGUGUUUGAUGUUACCAGGCCGACGACGUUCGAGGCGGUCACCAAGUGGAAGGAGGACCUGGACUCGAAGCUCACGCUGGCCAACGGCCAAAGCAUCGCCACGGUCCUGCUGGCCAACAAGUGUGACCAGGGCAAGGACGUCCUCAACAACAACGGCAUCAAGAUGGAGCAGUUCUGCAAAGAGAACGGCUUCGUCGGCUGGUUUGAGACCUCAGCAAAGGAAAACAUCAACAUCAAUGAAGCUGCCAACUUCCUGGUGAAGCACAUCAUCGCCAGCGAGAACGACAUCCUUAAGUCCGUGGUUCCAGACACCAUCUCCCCACAGCUCAGCUCCUCCAAAGAGGUAACUGACUCCUACUCUGAGCUGAGACUGAGAGAAAACUGCUGUUGGACACAACUGCAACCCACACCCACCGAUGCUUCAACGGACUCUUUUUCUGUUUUUCUUUUUUCUGUUCUCUCUCCAGCCUCCUUUUGAAAGUGGUCUUUUGCUUCCUUUCCUCCAUGUCAGUGUGCUGUUGGCAGUGCUGUGAUUCAUGCCGCCUGACUCACUGACUUUAUAUAAAUCUCCUGUGGACCUCCCUAUCA